GGACUGUGUGAAUGUGGCCUUGCAAAUUGUGUGACAAAUCUUUAUCUACCAGGAGACCUUUUACCAGAAGGUGAGCUUGCUUGGCAAGUGAUACUAGAUCUAAAGGAAAUUGUGGAGUUAGUUGUGGCACCUGUUCACACCAAAGAGACAAUCRCCUACCUUGAUGUUAAAGUGUCUGAGCACAGACAGAGACUACGUGAGCUUAUCCCAGGUGAGACACUGAAACCUAAACACCACUAUCUUGAGCACUAUCCACACUUGAUAACAUGCUUUGGGCCUCUUGUGGGUGUAUGGACAAUAAGAUUUGAGGCAAAACAUAGUUUUUUUAAACAAGUUGCCAGACACACAAAUAAUUUCAGGAAUAUUGCACUCACUCUGGCAGCCAAACACCAGCAAUUAAUCAGUUUUCACUUGCACUCAUCUAGUCUCAAUGCUUCAAAUCUGGAAGUGACAAAUGUCUCCAAAGUCCCUAUUGAAGUUCUGAAUGAAGAGGUUGUAGUUGCUCUCAGACAGAAAUAUCCAGACAUUAGUCAAGUUAAUCUCACAAAGAAUGUCACAACUAAGGGGAUCAACUACAGAAAUGGAAUGAUGGUUGUAUGUGAUUCAACUGCUGGAAUGCCUGAAUUUGGAGAGAUUCUACAAAUGUGUAUAGUGGGAGAUGAGUUGAGCUUCAUAGUUCGUCUAUAUUUUGCUUGGUAUCAGGAUCAUUUCAGGGCCUUUCAGUUGACUUUGUCACCAGAUAGAAAMGUUGCCCUUGUUCAGUUUGGGGAGCUAAAAGAUUGCUACCCACUUGUGGCCUACACAGUCGGAUCGAGACGCAUGGUGACCCUGAAAAGACACAUUGUUAUCAAUGGUAUGAUUUUCAUAUGCUACAGUGCUGUGAAAAUUCUUCUGUAAUGGAGAGUUAACUUUUCACCAGUCACCUUUCCUAGCUUCCACUCUUUGCUUAAUUCCUCACUCUCCAAGUCUCCUCUAGCCUUCUCACUAACCUAUCUUACCUUCCUCCUAGCUGUACUAGUCUCCUCUCUACUGACCACCUAUUUUGCCAUUCUCUUCACUGAUAGCCUCUUCUUUCUCCAAGCUAUACUACUACCCACUUCACUGAAUUAUUCUUCUCUGUACAACCCACCUCUCUUAUAAUGUCUUUUUAAGCUUCUCUCAUUUCUCCUACUCYGUCCUCUCCCUACUAACUGUUCUCUAACAUUCUGUCUUCAUUAAUUCAUCAGUUGUAGGCUAAUACUGUGUCUUGUCUGUGCGUUCUGCUUGAAGGGUUUAGUUCUUUAAUAAACAAGACUAAUGCCUGUCAACUUUGUUUGUUUCCACCUUAGAUUAGCAAAGCARGAU